AUGGUAUCCGAAUAUAACCGUAAUGGUGAUACUCAAUCGAUGUAUGACGAAAGUGAAACAGACACUAUAGAAGGAAAAGAAGAAGAGUAUGUCGUUGAGAAAGUGCUGGAUCACAGAGAGAACGGUAAUACUAUGCAGUUCCUUUUAAAAUGGGCUGGAUACGAUAGUGAAGACAAUACUUGGGAAGAAGAAGAAAAUAUAUACGCAAAGGAUCUAAUUGAAGAGUAUUGGGAGAGACAAAAGAAUAAUAAAUCCACCAACAAAAAAGGAUUGUCAAAACUUGAAAAACAACUUACCAAUUCAACGAAAAAAACUACAAAUGCAUCCCAACAUAAGACUGCACGAAAACGCAAAUACAUGGAACAAGAUUCUCACGAUAGCGAUUAUUCAAUCGAUGAAGAAUACCCUCCACCAUCAUUAACUAAUUGGGAAGAUGAAGUGGAGGAAGUCGAAACGGUUGAGCGAAGUAUAAAAGACAAUGGCGGACUAUUGAUAUACCUCAAUUGGAAAAAUGGUCACAGAACAGUACAUCCUGCGGCGGAAGCGAAUUUGAAAUGUCCGCAAAAACACAUAAAAGUUACGUCGAAAUGGAUUGAUGUUAUUUAG